UCAAGGUUUCAAACAGGAAUACAAUGAUAAUAUAUUAUAAAUUGUGUUAUACUGCUGAAUCAGUAUGAUUAUGUGUUUUAACUGAUGUUUUUAUGAUUGUUGUGUGUGCAUAGGAAAGACGUAGUGACUGUCCACCUAGUGUCAUGUUCAUUCCUCGGGAGGGUUGGACUUUCCUUUCUGCAGGAAGAGAGCGGUUGUCUUGUAUUCUGGGUGUGAGUGCAGAUGAGGCCAGUCGUUUUCAGGACACUUUCCUACAGACAUACAGAGAGGUGCCGGCCUUCAUCCAGCACACCAUUCAGCACUGCCACAAACACGGCUCAGCUGUAGACCUAGCCAAAAUGGCAAUGAUCAAAAUCUGCUCUCAAGUGGCUUCUGUCUCUCACACUGCCAGGCUCGAGGCUCAAAUCCAUGAUGCGCUGCUGUUUCAAGUGGAGAUCUCACAAGUGGAGCAGUUUGCCAGUGCCCCUCAAAGUCUCACUGUCCAUAGGACCAUCAAUGUGCGAGAUGGACCUCCCCUGCAAUAUUACAACUACAUCUCUCUGUGUCUCCCGCUCUUCCUCUCAUCCCGUAACUAUGGUAACCAGGCAGCUGCAGUUCCCAAUUCUUGUUUCUCGCUGAUGUAUCCGAGGGCAACGGUAGGAGCAAGCUGGAUCGUACCAGUUUCUUUUUUUGGGGGGCGGCUUCUCUUGAUUCAUUUUUAUCCUUUUACUGUUGUAUUCUGUUUUUCUUCUCACUGUUCAGAAGCAAGUAUCUCUUUGCAUAACAAUAGAAGUAGCUAUUAAAUACAUUUUUUGUUUGUUUACAGUUUGUACACCUGAUGUUGCCACAUGCUCUUCAAUACAUCUGUCUACUGAUAUAUUCAGAGAACAAAUAAUAAA